AUGGCCUUGCGCACCUUCAGCUCUAGCUCCGUGGCGAAGCGGACUACACUACCCAGAGUGCCCCGGGGGCGGGGCUGGAGCCGGUGCUUACUGAGCAGGCGCGUUCGGGAGGGCCGCCGCGGAGGCCUCGGCGAAAGAGUCUGCGCGUCUGGAGUCGUGGCCUGGAGCGCUUUGGGUCUCCCUCUACAUCGCUCUAGUUCCAGACGUAUUCGUUGCUCGGGCCCGGAGCUGGGCCUUCCUGAGAUUUUUGUCUUUCCGUCAGAAGAGCUGGAUAUGGCCACCACUGGCCUCCCUACCAAGUCCCAGGACUCAGUGACGUUCAAGGAUGUGGCUGUGGACUUCACCCGAGACGAGUGGGAGCGACUGAAUACCACUCAGAGGGAUCUGUACAGGGAUGUGAUGCUGGAGAACUAUAGGAACCUGGUCUCUCUGGGACUUGCAGUUUCCAAACCUGAUAUAAUCUUCCAGCUGGAGCAAGGGAAGGAGUUGUGGAUGCUGGAGAGAAAAGUCCUCAGAAGCACCCGUCCAGCAUCGGGAUGUGAACCUCGAGAGCUACCAGAUUGCUUAAGGAGGGGUGAGCUGGCCCAGGCUGGAAGUGGACUAGGCCAGAGCUUGCCUGCCAAGCAGCCCCCAUGCCCGGCCCUCGAGCGGCCCCCGCAAGACUUGGGGACACCGUAUUUGAAUAAUACAAGAUACCGCUGCAUGACUCCUGGUUAAUGCUGGCAGCCGUUUCCAGGUCUUGUCUUCUUUGAUCUCCUUGUCAUAUUUAACAGUU